UGUUGAUCCUAGAAAUAUCAGGUGUCGAUACGUGGAGCUGCAAAUCCACUAGGUUUUCCUGCCUGGUGCCUAAGCUGAGGAACUGCUUUUUUGUGACCACAGAGGUUUUGUAUUAAAUUUCUUGACAUUUUUCUUUUUUACCAUUUUGGAUUUGUAGUACAGUUUUUUUAAUUCUCCUCCUUUGGUUUGAAAUGAGGAUCUUUGUAAUUUUGUAACACAAUUUGUACCAGGUGUGGGUGUGUGUAGCCCUGUUCAAGGAACUUUAUUCAGAAUCAAGCUUGGAAAGGGGAGAAUCCAGCUGUGAUUGUGAGAGAGCACACCCUUCAUCCACAAUGUGGACUUUUCUGGGCAUUGCCUCUUUCAUCUAUGUCUAUAAGAAAUGUGGAGAUUUGCUGAAUUAUGCCAACAAGGAGGUCCUUAUUUCCAUGCUGGUGUUCUCUCUUGGUUUGCUGCUGUCCUAUCGGUACCGGACAUGGGGACUAAAGCAACAGAAGCACAGGCAACCCCAUUGUGGAAUGCUGUCUAAUUUUCUUGCCACUGUGCCUCUCCUUGGUUUUUUCUGGACUAAAUUCCACACAGGCUCUCCAAAGGUGUUGAAACCGAAAUCCAAAGAGGAUAAAAGGGAAGUUGGUACCUCACCUGUGAGCACAAUUGAGACAACUACUGGUUCAACUCUCACCCCUCCGUGUGAUCCAGAAGUUAUAAUUGUGGGAUCUGGUGUGCUUGGCUCUGCUUUGGCAGCAGUACUGGCAAGGGAUGGAAGAAAAGUGACAGUAAUUGAGAGGGAUCUGAAGGAACCUGACAGGAUAGUUGGAGAAUUGCUGCAACCAGGAGGAUAUAAUGCUCUGAAAGACCUGGGCCUGGAAGAGGCUGUGGAAGGGAUUGAUGCUCACACAAUAAACGGCUAUGUAGUUCAUGACCUAGAAAGCAAAUCAGAAGUUGAAAUUCCUUACCCAACCAUAACAGAUGGCCAGAUACAGAGUGGAAGAGCGUUCCAUCAUGGGCGUUUCAUCAUGGGUCUCCGAAGGACAGCCAUGGCAGAACCCAAUACAAAAUUCAUUGAAGGAACAGUGACACAGCUGCUUGAAGAAGAUGAAUGUGUUGUUGGAAUUUUAUACAAAGAUAAAGAAACUGGUGUUACAAAGGAGCUCCGUGCACCCCUUACUGUUAUUGCUGAUGGUCUCUUUUCCAAGUUUAGAAAAAAACUUAUCUCCAACCAAGUUAGAGUUCCAUCUCAUUUUGUGGGGUUAAUUUUGAAAAAUUCGCCUCAGUUUAAAGCCAACCAUGCUGAACUUGUUCUGGGGAAUCCUAGUCCAGUACUUAUCUACCAGAUUUCUUCCAAUGAAACCCGAGUCCUUGUUGACAUUCGAGGGGAAAUGCCAAAGAACCUUAAAGAAUACAUGGUUGAACAGAUUUAUCCACAACUACCUGUGCACAUACAGGAGCCUUUCCUAAUAGCUGUGCAGAAUGAUCGCUUGAGAACCAUGCCAGCGAGCUUUUUGGCUCCAUCCCCUGUAAACAAAUCAGGAGUCCUUCUUCUGGGUGAUGCUUACAACAUGAGGCACCCUCUAACAGGUGGAGGAAUGAGUGUUGUUCUGAAUGACAUCAAGAUAUGGAGACACCUGUUGCAGGCCAUUCCAGACCUGUAUGAGGAUUCAGCUAUUCUGGAGGCAAAGAAGUCAUUUUACUGGAAAAGAAGAAAGUCCCAUUCCUUUGUCGUGAACGUCCUUGCUCAGGCGCUUUAUGAAUUAUUUGCUGGGACAGAUGUUUCUCUGCGUCAGUUAAGGAAAGCCUGUUUCCUUUAUUUCAAGCUUGGUGGCGAGUGCGUAUCUGGCCCAAUUGGAUUGCUGUCUGUCUUAUCACCCAAGCCUGUUGUCCUGAUUGGCCACUUCUUUGCUGUUGCCCUCUACGCCGUGUAUUUCUGCUUCAAGUCUGAGUCCUGGAUCACCAAGCCACGAGCGAUUUUCAGCAGCGUUGCUGUGCUGUACCGGGCUUGCUCCGUCAUAUUUCCACUCAUAUACUCUGAAAUAAAGUACCUCACCUAUUAAAUUCGAAAAGACAAAUCCGCAGGAAAAGGAACACAGUAGACUCCCUUCUCUCCUCUCACCCUCCAUUCUUGUGAAUAUGGGAUUGUUCUGUCCC